UCAUCAUCAACAUCUUCACUAUCAUCAUCGCUAUUUCCAUACUCAUCACUUAUAAUUAAAUCGACAGCCUCUUCUGGUAAAUUUUGCAAGUUCUUUUUUGGCAAUCUUCGCAUGCUUGAAAUUAUUGGAUCUGAGUUUGAUGGUUCCAUGGUUAAGUUUUACAAAUUUUUAGAAUUACUUUACAAAAACACAAUUUACGUACAAAAGAUCUGCGGCUUUAAAAAAACAAAAAAUUAGAUUUUUGUUUCACAAAUAUCAAGUUUGUAGCUUCACUACGUAAGCACUAUUACGUAUUUGACAUUUAUUUUUUUGCUUACUGAUGUAGAAUUUUGUGUACUUUAAGCAAGUAUACUUAGUUUUGAAGGAUCUUCAUAUAUUUUUUUUUAAUUAAUCCGAGAAAUGAUCUCCAGUGGCCCCACUGUGCGCCCUAACUUGGAAUUAGAAAAAUUAAAGAUUCCAGCCUUCUAUGGCGAUAUCAAAGAAUGGGCAAACUUUUAUAACGUGUUCCAAGAUAUGGUACAUAAUAACGAGCAGUUAUCAAGCUCAGAAAAAAUGCUACGCCUUCGUCUUUCGUUAAAAGGCGAAGCUGCACGAUUAAUACAACAUCUGCAAGUUUCAACUAGAAAUUAUGAAGCAGCAUGGAGUCUACUUAAGCAAAGGUAUGACAAUAAAAGAAUUCUGUUCACAACACAGUGGGACAGAAUAUUGGAUCAACCAAAUAUAAAUAGUGACAAUGCUGAAAGCGUAAGACAAUUACUAGAUACUACGAAUGAGUGUCUUAACGCAAUAGAGUCACUAGGAAUAAGUACUGAAGAAGCUGAUCCCUUUAUUGCACGUAUUAUUGUCCGUAAAUUAGACAAAGAAGGACUAAAAUUAUACGAGCAAACAGUAAAAAAGACGAGAGAAAUACAACAAUUGUCCGAUAUAAGAGAUUUAUUGGAUCAACACUUUCAAACAUUGAAAGCAGUAGCUGAUAAAGAACGAGUUUACAGCCAUCGUAAACAGUAUAUGUUCAAGGCCGACGACACAGUAACUUACCCAAGACAACAAAACAAACAGAUGUGUGUCUAUUGUAAAAUUGUUGGUCACACAUUAGCGCAAUGCAAAAGAUUUAGAAGUAUAUCAACUAAUGAUAGGCUUAAAUAUGUAAAAGACAACAAAAUCUGCCACAGGUGCCUAAAUCAUAAAUGGGCAGAAAUUUGCUACUGCAAAAUCAAUUGCAAGAGAUGUUCUAGAAACCAUCAUGACAUUUUACAUAACGAAACCGAGGAGAGCAAAAAAGCUAUGUCCACAAAAACUACUUCACAAGCGGUUAUUCUAGCCACAGCUCAAAUAAGAGCAAAGACAGCGGGUGGAGAUUAUAUAUUACUACGCGCUCUUAUAGAUCAAGGAUCGCAAAUAACCACAAUAUCCGAAGAAGCAGCACAGAUAUUAAAGUUGCCGAGGAUGAAAACAAAAACAAAACUAUAUGGUUUAAGUGACGCUGUAGUAGGCGAAUCAAAAGCUACAAUUGAGGUUGAAAUUAAACCAAGAUUUUUAAGUAAUCAUAAAGAAAAGGUAAAUGCCGUAGUUUUACCAAUUUUAACCAGCGCGCAACCGGAUCUCUCAUUUAAUUACAACUUCAAAAUAUGGGAAAAAUAUACGCUUGCUGAUCCGUUAUUCAACAAAUCAGACAGAAUUGAUAUGGUAAUUGGUGGGGAUGUAUUUAGCAGUAUAAUUGAAAGCGGAAUUAAAAAAAGAUCACGGUGUUCUUGGCCAAGCGACAAAAUUCGGCUGGAUAUUAUCUGGCAUAAUAAAGGAAAAAGUUACCGGCAAAAUAACGACAGCGGUAACUAAUUUGGAACGAUUUUGGGAACUCGAAGACAUAUCAACUUGUGAAGAUAUAAAGGAAGAUGACACCACCUUAAAGCAGUUCGAAGAAACUACCAAAAGAGAUGCAGAUGGCAGAUUUAUUGUGGAAAUUCCAUUCAAAAAAAAAAAACUAGGAGAAUCGCGUAAACAAGCAGUAGCGCGUCUAAUAUCAAUGGAAAAUAAA